UUGUGGGCCACGUAACACUUCUGUAGUGAAUAUAUAUACGGAACGGUGCUUCAUAAACUCUGCAUUUCAGUGUACACCUUUACCGCUGCCGGAUGAUCUUUUUUGUUAUGGACAACAAAUUUAAUUCCGAGCAGAAAGACUAAAUGGCCUUUCAGCAUUUGUGCUACCCAUCCAAUUCUGUUACAAUUGAAACCGGCAAUUAGCCUAUGCCAUUUAAGUGACCCACAACCAAAUUUCGCAAGGAGCCAUAACGUCGUUAUUCACGUUGCUAUCCUACAUAGCCUAAGGCUGUUUGUUUUUUGUGUGUGUGUAUGUUUAUUUUCAGUUUCCAGUUCAUGUUCUACUCACGUUCACGUAUAAGUUCACGAUUCGUCAUUAAAAAUAUUGAAUUGUGAGAGGUUAUGACUUUGCACCGCUUUGGUCCAUCCGGAAGAAAAAAAACUAAAUUGCGGUCCUUUCUGCAGACUUCUUCAGACCGCAAACAACUCUCAGCUGAUUAAAAAAGAACAGUCGGAAGUCUUAUACGCGGAAACGUUUUGCAGGUCCUUUUUCGAGUUGUAUCGGAAAUCCACUCCGCGGCUAUGAACUGUGUGGCUACCGCUACAUUGCUGUAUUAUUUCGUUGCUUGUCAUUGCUUACUGGCCUUCGCAACCGCAACGUUCUCAUCUCCAUUCACCUCGAUUUUUCAAAAUGACGUAGCACAGUCAGCAAAAGACGUUCCGCACAACACCAGCGGACAUCGCUGGCUGUCUCGCUACGGCAAGCAAUUUGACGAAAACGAGGAGGAAAGUAUAGAUGAAGCGAAAAUAACAACGGUCGAAAUCAUCGCCAGUCGAGGCUACCCUGUUGAAAUCCACGAAGUAAUCACUGAAGACGGUUACAUUCUGGAACUGCAUCGUAUUCCAUAUGGUAAAGGCCAGGUGCCCAAGCACGAUGUUGAAAAGCAGGUCGUCUUUAUUCAACACGGAUUUCUCAACACCGACAAUGUGUGGCUCAUCACUCCUAACGACCAAGGCCUCGCUUACAUUUUGGCUGACACCGGCGUGUAUGACGUGUGGCUUGGGAACGCUCGAGGCAAUACCUAUUCACGCAAGCACGUUUAUCUUGACCCUUCCGAAGAAGAUUAUUGGAACUUUUCAUUCGACGAAAUGGGAAACUACGACAUUCCUGCAGUGAUCAAUUACGUGCUGGCCAAGACGGGGCGCAGUACGAUGAGUUAUGUUGGCCACUCGAUGGGAUGCGCAAUGUUUUUCAUUUGCAUGUCUUUGUGCCCCGAGUUGAACGCGAAGAUUGAUGUGAUGAUUGGUCUAGCACCAGCGUCAUCUGUUGCAGAGUCCCAGACUGGCCUUCGUUUCCAAGCUCCGUUCGUGAACCUGUUAGUUAAUCUCUUCCAAAUUCUUGGAGUGCGCAUAUACGAGCCAGUGGAUUCGCCACGGAACAGUUUGAGAAAAAGGUUUUGCGGGCCUAGUCUUUUCUUGCGUUACUCCCUCUGUCAAAACCCUAUAUUUGCUACAACUAGUGACGAAUACCGGGAUAUAGAUGUGAAUCUCCUACCUGUUAUUGACGGUCACAAUCCGGCGGGAACUUCAGUUAGAACAGCCGCUCACUUUGCUCAGAAUUUCAACGCGGGUCAGACUUUCCAGCGGUAUGAUUUUGGUCCAACGGAAAAUCAGCUGCGUUACGGACAAGCUACACCUCCCGCUUACGAUCUGAGUCAAGUCACAUGUCCCGUUUUCCUUUUCUGGGGACAAAGUGAUAAAGUUGUUGAUCCGAGGGAUGUUGCCUGGUUGGCUUCCAAAUUGGGAAAUUUGAAGGCUUCUAUUCAGGUCGAAGAUCAAUCGUGGAACCACGUAGAUCACUUAUUUUCACCGGACGCCAAACGACUAGUUUAUGAUAAGUUCAUUCCCCUCCUUCCAAAAGCAAGCUAAAAAAUUUCAACUAAAAUAGAGCUUUGAAUUCACGUUAAAACAUAUUUUUAUUACCAGACAUACCCAAUAUUUGUCCGAUUGUCAUUAUAAAAUAUUAUUAUUAUUAUGAUCUUUUUUACCUGAAUAUUUUUCAAUGAACCACCCAUCACAUUAAAUUGUAGCCUAUCAAUCGGGAAUUACUAUUCCAGUGAUAUAUAUUUUCAAACUCACCGACAAAUUUAUGGGCUAGGUUAAUAAGAUAUUGUAACGGUUCUUGCAGAUUUUGGUGUUUUGCAAAAAACACCUUUUUUUUUAGGUUUAUUGGUCGAAACAAGGACAAUCUUCAUAUCUCUGCAGAAUAAAGUGAUGGUAAAAUGAAGGAAACCUUGACCCUAAAGUGAUUUUAAUGUUUUAUUACUCUUCUUCUAACGUCCUUGAAAUGCUAUAUGGUGCCAAAAAAAAAACGGGUAUUCCUUUUGUAUGUUUCUAGCACAUACAUAUGUAGCUACAGUGCUUGUCUGCUUACCCAGUAUCCAGUUCAGUUCAUGUUGGACCUUGCGCACAAUCGGACAUUUUAUUUCGUCUUGUCGACACGCAACAGUUAAAAUUUUUAAAAGUAAAAAAAACUGAUUUCCACAAAUUCUACAUAAGGACGGUAACAUUCGUGAAAUUCAUUUCAAUAAUUUGUGUUAUUCUAAAAUUAUUUUAUUUUUUCAUCCUCUCCCUCAUAUUUUUUCCAUUGUCUUUUCAAGCCCAUACAAUAUGAAUUGUACGACAAGAAUUUAUUUUUAUAUUGCUUGCUUCUUUUGCUUCCCGUUGACUUGGACAACGCCAUUAUCUUCAGUACUGCUGCCUAGUCAAUACAGAUUGUUUUUAAU